AACUUCUAGAUUGUUUCUUCUUUGCUUGGAAGGGACCACCAGAAAUAGCUGUAGGCGCUUUUUGCCAAUUAUUUUUAUUAAUGUAUAAGUAACUUGGCAUUUUAGAUAUUUACUUGCUCAAACCAUAGGUUAGGGAACUCAAGAUGGACAGACCAAGCAAUGGCUUCGUUAAAAUGAUCUCAUUCAGAGUUUUUUAACUAUCUGGAUGGUUCUUUCUAAAAUUUCUCACAAUCAAGGAAAGGAUUGAUACCGUGCAGUCUUCCAGUAUCCAACAUUACAAAGAUGGCGUUGAUGAAAAUCAAAUUUACCCAGAAGAAGAGAGUAAAAUUAGCUCAGGGACUAUGGCUCAUGAACUGGUUUUCAGUGUUUGCAGGAAUCCUUGUUUUUAGCAUGGGAUUGUUCCUCAAAAUUGAGCUCCGGAAGCGAAGUGAAGUGAUGGACAACUCUGAAAGCCAUUUUGUGCCCAAUUCCUUGAUAUUGAUGGGAAUAUUAUCCUGCACCUUCAAUGGCUUUGCUGGCAAAAUUAGCUAUGAUUCUCUGGAUCCCACCAAGUUUGCAAAGUGGAAGCCUUUUCUGAAACCUUAUCUGGCAUUAUGUUUCCUUUUUAACACCCUCAUUUUUCUCACUGCCCUGAUUUGCUUUCUCAUGAGGGGCUCCCUGGAGAAUACACUAACCCAGGGGCUAAAGAAUGGCAUGAAGUUUUACAAGGAUACAGAUACCCCGGGAAGAUGCUUCAUGAAGAAGACAAUUGACAUGCUCCAAAUUGAAUUCAAAUGCUGUGGGAACAAAGGUUUCAAAGACUGGUUUGAGAUUCAGUGGAUCAGCAACAGAUACCUGGACUUCAGUUCUAAAGAAGUGAAAGAUCGAAUUAAAAGCAAUGUGGAUGGAAGAUACUUGGUUGAUGGAGUCCCCUUCAGUUGCUGCAAUCCUAAUUCCCCAAGACCGUGUAUCCAGUACCAGAUCACUAACAACUCAGCGCACUACAGCUAUGACUAUCAAGCAGAGGAUCUCAACCUCUGGGACACCGGCUGCAAGGAUGCACUUCUGCGCUACUACACCAACAUGAUGAGCUCCAUGGGCAUUGUUGUCCUCUUCGUCUGGAUCUUGGAGGUGACAGUGAUGAUUGGUUUGCGUCUUUUGCACACUGCCCUAGAAAGCAUUGCAAAUCCUGAAGACCCUGAAUGUGAAAGUGAGGGCUGGCUUCUGCAGCAAAGCAUGAAGGAAACUAUCAAGCUCGUGUUGGACACUCUGAAACAGCUUGGUAAGACCAAUCAGGUAGAAGCAGGAGCCGAAGGCGGUGAACCGACUCCAACCGUUGCAACUGUCAGCUGAGCUUCUUGAUUGACGUGGACUUUCACUGAAGUUAAAUGAAAAACUGAAAACUGUGAAGAUUUACUUUAAAAUGUAUGAAACAUCAAAAACACAUUUCUACAUACACCUUUUUAUAUAUGGCAGCUGUGAUGCAUUGUACUUUGGAGAGAUACAUCUAUCCUCAUAGUGAGUACAUGUGAUACUCAUAACUUCCAUGGGGCAUGACCCCAGCUGGGGUUUUUAGACUCCUACUCACUUGUUAGGGAUUGUUAAAUCAAUACAUAACUACAAGCAGUUCGUUAUGCCUCAAACGAAUGUAAAUUAAAAACAAUUAGUUGACAUCAUUUUGUGAUUCUUUCCAUUUCUUUUUCUUGGAAAUAAGAAAAGAAAUUUGAAAAAAACUAAUAGUUUUUUUUAUUCAGGUUUACAAAGGUAUUCAAACAACAUACCUUGCAUUUUUAAAGUUAAGGCAAUCUGGUUGGUCUUCUGGGGAGUACAAACAUCAGAAACCAAACUGAAGAAAAUGCAUUCAGAAACAUAUAACACUUUUUAACUACUAUUUUAAGAAAUCUAUCUUGAGACAAGAUCUUUGUUAAUAUACUAAGAGAUGAUAUUUUAUCUUAAAUUCAUAAGAUGCACAUAAUAGAGCAGAAAAAAACUGUACUGAGAAUUUAUGAACUGCAAAAAUUGCAGUAUUGUGGAACAGUGCAACUAACAUGACAACAUUAAGCUAACAUUUGUGCUUACUGUUUCUCAGAUAUUUUCUGCCAAUAUAUCCUGAAUGAGCAUGGUAGAUAGUACACUGGAUCUUAUAUAUAAAUUAGCAAAGGGUUGAGGGCUCCUCCUCUCAUGGGCUGAAUCAGUAAUUUGUGCAUCUGUAAUGGUUAUUCUGCAUACACCUGACCAGUUAAAAAGUGUAUGAAAUGUUAAGAUUUUUUUCUCCAGAAUAUGUGUGAUAACCAGCUCCAAAAACAAGACCAGAAAUGGUACCUUGGAAAUCAACACUUUAAGUACAGGAGCUUUCUAAGUUAUUGGCAAAUCCAUUCAAUUUGUCCACCAGUAGUCUAGCCCUUAGACCCUUGAGGAAAAUAAAUCUUUUCAAACUGGCCCUGAAAAGACUAGCUGGCCAGUUUUUAGUCCUUUGAUUUCCUUUACCAGUAACCACACUGAAGAAAAGCUGCUGAGGGAGACAAGCUAGGGUGCCCCUCUAUGAAUCGUCCAAUUCAUAGAGUCAGGUAUUAUUUGUAGGUGCAUUUUGAACAUACAGCACAUCCUAGAAUUAGUCGGAGGAUCCGCAAGCAGUUAUUUAUUUUAAACUCAAAAAAGUUGGAAUAAAACAUGGACUGAGUUGGCGGUGGUAUUUGGGAUCCUGUAAAGGAAUAGAACUUUAUCUUUGGUAUCUGCACAGCUGCCAGAUAAGCCCAGCUAAAGAAAAGCAAAUGGUAGAGGGCAAAACUUAGCCUAACCCUUAUUGUUAGUAGUAGAAUGACAGAGCUAAAGAUACCAGCUCAACUUCUGAGGUCAGGCAUCAACAUUUUUAACUAAAUCUGCAUGAUUUUACUACUCUCUGCUCUAACUGGGAAUAUUUUCUGAAAACAUCUUUGCAGUCCAGUUGUUGCUGGUUUUCAGAUGCUAUGUUGACAGGUACCUGAUCGCUGUACAGCUAAGUAGUUUUGAUUUUCAAUCAGCUGUUUGUUUUCCCCAGCUGUAUUCCAGAGUCACAGCUACUGUAGCAUUUGUUUAAACUAAUGGACAGCUCCUCUUGUCAUGGGUAAAAGCAGAUAAUAUAAUGUGAGAGCUACAGAUAUUCUGUAUGUUGAGCCAUAUCCUACAUUUUAGCAUCCAGACUAUUACAUGAAGGGUUGUUUUUUUUUUCUUGUUGUACCUUUCCAUUUCCUCAAAUGGAUCUAAACAGGGUUCUUUGCUUUUGGUGUGGAAAAAAAAAUUAAAUUCUCUCUCCCUAACAAGAAGGAAACAGAAUGAGGGUGUUAACAGAAAAGCUUGUUUGCUGAACACUACUGGCUACACAUCUAGCUUUGCUGAAGGAAAAUGUGCACGGCAGAGCUGCACAAUGAGCACAAACUGCUUUGUUCUCAGUAAGAGAGCUACAUGGCCUGCUGCUUCUCUCAGCUGGUCCAUUGCCGAGGACAAGCUGUUGACAGGUGUAUCAUAUGUUCAAACCCGUCAGUCAGAAUGGUUUUCAAAGGGGAACCAGGUGGAGAAGAAUUCCAGUACAGGGAGUCCAACCUCUCUGCGUGAGCUGCCACUGUUCUGUCCCCUAUCAAUGCCAUCAAAACUUGGGGGUGGGGGAGGAAGGAUGUAGGUUAAUUGCUAACCUAGGUGUUUGGCUUAGCCUAUCACGUAUUCCCUUUACAUGUGGCUCUGUCCCAUUAUCUGUGCUUCCUAUUUUGUUCACUACAUUGCUUAAGAGACAUAACAAACCAUCGGGGGCUUCUUCCAACACCACGCAGUCAAAAAGCUGAACCCCAAAGCAAUGGCCUCACUGUGUUAGAUAACCUGACAGACCGUAGAAGACAAAUUUGCGUAAGGACACAAGCACGGUAGCGUGUUACUGAAACUGGAUCUCAUGCAAAUAAAACAAAUCGUAAAUAUGCUAACAUUGUCUAUGCUGAAGCCUCCCAGUUAAUGAAGGCCUUUGUACUAUCUCAUGGUUAUUACUUGACUGUAAUAUGACAGCUUUGUAUUAUAUAACCUGUAACAUAAAAUGUAUUUGUCCACUCUGUCAGAAACAAGAGAAUCUGUAACAUUGUAAAUGCUGUUCUAGACAUAUUCAACUUUGCUGCUUGCAAAUGUAAAUUUAGAUAUUAAAAAGAUAC